CGAAUCAAGUUCUGACAGUUCUGAGCGUUGCUACCAACUUUCCAAAAUUGAACGGACGGCUUUCUUUUUCGUCCAACUUUUGUAAAGCAACGUCAUGGCUCCAGUGGUGAAAGCCGUCGCGUCUGUCAAGACGAAACCCGGCAAAGAUGCCAAGGGUGGCAAGCAGACCAAGAAACAACUCCUGCGAGGCAAGAACGCCCAGAAGAAAAAGAAGGAGCACUUGCGUUUCGGAGUCGACUGCACCAACAUCGCCGAGGAUAACAUUAUGGAUGUUGCUGACUUUGAAAAGUACCUGAAGGAACGCUUCAAGGUCAACGGCAAGACCGGUAACCUCGGAAACAGUGUGUCGUUCGAGCGCCAGAAGAUGAAAGUCUACGUCAACUCUGACGUGCAGUACUCCAAGCGCUACCUGAAAUACUUGACCAAGAAGUAUUUGAAGAAGAACAGCCUGCGUGAUUGGAUUCGUGUUGUGUCCAACGAUAAGGAUCUGUACGAACUGCGCUACUUCAGAAUCAGUUCCAACGAUGAUGAAGAGGAAGAUAACGAGUAAGCUUUCGGAAUACAUGUUAAUGGCUUCGCUUUAGGAAGCCAAAACUAA